AUGGGCAGCGUUCACGAGGUCUUCGUCGGUUCCAUCGACCAAGGAACCACCAGUUCCCGGUUCUUGAUCUUCAACAAGCAGGGUGAGCCUGUAGCUUCUCACCAGCUUGAGUUCAAGCAAAUCUAUCCUCAGCCAGGCUGGCACGAACAUGACCCUCUGGAAAUUGUCGCCGGAGUCGAGGAAUGUAUUGACGGCGCUGUCAAGCAAUUCGAGAACCAAGGCCACAACAUCAACAGCAUCAAGGCAGUGGGUAUCACGAACCAACGUGAGACGACCGUCGUGUGGGACAAGGAGACGGGAGAGCCUCUGUACAAUGCCAUUGUCUGGACAGACACCCGUACCCAAGGUCUGGUGCGCAAGCUCAAGCAACGCCUGGGCGCCGACAGACUCACCGACAUCUGUGGCCUUCCCUUGUCGACAUACCCAUCAGUGGGCAAGCUUCUGUGGCUACUCGAGAACGAGCCCAAAGUCCAGAAAGCUUACGAAAGGGGGACAUUGGCAUUCGGAACGAUUGACGCAUGGCUCGUCUUCAAGCUGAACGGAGGCACCAAGAGAAACAUUUUUGUAUCCGACCCCUCCAAUGCCAGCAGAACCAUGUUCAUGAACAUCAAGACGCUCAAGUACGAUGAAUCCCUCAUCGACUUCUUCCGCAUCGACCGCACCAAGGUGCACUUCCCCAAGAUCGUGCACUCAUCCGACCCAUCCGCAUACGGCUCUCUGGCGUCCACCGUGCUUAAAGGUGUCCCCAUCACGGGCUGCCUGGGAGACCAAUCGGCGGCGCUCGUGGGACAAAAGGGUUUCACGCCCGGCUUGGGCAAGAACACGUAUGGCACGGGGUCCUUCAUCCUGUACAACGUGGGCGAGAAGCCCGUCAUCUCGACACACGGCCUCUUGACGACCGUGGCCUUCGACUUCGGCGGCAACAGCAAGCCCAUGUACGCGCUCGAGGGGUCCAUCGCGGUGGCGGGGUCCAGCGUCAAGUUCCUCGUCGACAACUUUGGGUUCAUCGAGAACUCGAGCAAGAUCAGCCAGCUGGCCGAGACGGUCGACGACAACGGCGGCGUCACCUUCGUCACGGCCUUCAGCGGGCUGUUCGCGCCCUACUGGAUCGACGACGCCAGAGGGACCAUCUUCGGCAUCACCGCAUUCACCAACAGAGGACACAUUGCCCGCGCCACCCUCGAGGCCACGUGCUUCCAGACCAAGGCCAUCCUCGUGGCCAUGGAGAAGGACUCGGGCCACACUCUCACGGAACUCGCCGUCGACGGCGGCAUGUGCAACUCCGACCUCACCAUGCAGACGCAGUCCGAUCUGAUCAGCAUCCCCGUCAAGAGACCGGCGAUGCGCGAGACCACGGCCCUCGGCGCCGCCAUCGCCGCCGGUCUGGCCGUGGGCGUGUGGGACAGCAUCGACGAACUCAAGGCCGUCAAUACCGAGGGUGUCACGACCUUCAAGCCCGCCAUUUCCAAGGAGGAGAGUGCAUCGCGCUUCGCCCGCUGGGAGAAGGCCGUUGAGAUGAGCAAGGGCUGGGCCAAUUGA